CAAGAGUUCUGUUUGUGGAAUAAUUGUCUUAACCAACGCUGCCGAGACCUGUCACUCAUGCCUACCGAAAUGCCAUCUCACACGUCGUUCCGAUGUCCGCGCCGGCGCAAACACCUUCUUCCCCACCGGACGAGAACGUGAUUGCCCCUCUCGACCCCGCGCACCCCUUCACGCCCAAGCCGCUGAUCGCCGACAUCCUUCGCACGCGCUACUGUGUCCCGGGGUCGGUGUUCCUCGUCGAGAGCGUCGAUUCCUCCAUCGCCGUCGGCAGCAAGUACCGCGCCGUGCGAACCCUCCUCGGCGAUGGAGAGCUGUGCAUCCAGGCUCUGCUGGGCGCCGAGAUGCACGGCUUCGUGGACGACGGGCAGGUCUAUGCAGGGUGCUACGUCAGGAUCGACAGGUUCGAGGUUCGCUGGGUGAACCUGGCCGGCGGCGUGGAGGAUGUCGAGGAUGACGGCGCGGAGAACCUGGCGGGCCCGCUGAGGAGGAGGAGGGGCCACGAGAAGAUGGUCUAUCUGCUUGUGGAGGAUCUCGUCACAGUGGGCUGGAACAAUGCCUAUCUGGGGAUGCUUAAGACACGGCAGCAGGAGACGGAUCCUAUUGGACGCCAGGUUAACAGCGGUGCCAACCAGGGUGCUGUGAUGGGAAAAGGGGAGCAUUUCCCCGGAGAUCGGGCGGAACGAAACACGGGCGCCGCUCCGUCCGUCUCCGAAGCGAAGCCAUCGGAUCCAAGGCUCCCGGCGAAGGCUGGUGAUAUGGAUUCUGUGGGGGUGCCGGAGCCGGGGAACAAGGCACCCGAUUUGGACGACGUUGCCAACAAACAUACAUCUGAGCUCCCAGCAGAUCGCGGAGAGGAUCCUCCAAAACAACAAGCCAACGCAGCCACGCGCACUCAAGACGUGGCUCCACACUGGGCUUCCGACGACGCAACCAAACCCCUGAAGCUCACCUCCUUGCGGGCAAUCCCCAGCCUUCCCUACAAGCAGAACUGGAUGGUCAACGUCCUUGCCAUCGUCGCGUCGCUCUCCGAGGUGGAGCCUUCCCACCUGCCUCCGUACCAUCAGCGGACUGCAAGGCUAGCCGAUCCGUCGACAAACAAGCAAGUCCUGCUGACCGUUUUUCUCGACCCAGAUGACUUCAACCCAAGGGUUGGAAGCGUGGUGCUUAUCCUGGGGGUCAAGAACCAUAGGUUCGAUGGUGGUAGCCUGAAGAAGUACUCGAGCGACCGUCCCAAGCAUGGGAGACGGUGGUGGUUCGAGGAGCCUUUGGAGUUGGGGUGGUGCGAUGUUGCUGGGCUCAGGAGAUGGUGGGAUGGCCAGCAGCGAAGCGGCUUGGAGAAUCAGUCGUAAACAUGAAACAGACACCUGCCAAUACCAUGUGAAUACCUAGCCAGGUCUGAAAUAGAUAAGCCGCCGCCGCGGAUGAGGAUCUCUUGGAUGUGGCGCAAGUUUACGAGAUCCUCCUACUGCCAACCCCUACCAACAAAAACAAAUGAAGAUAUUGCUGAGAAAAAGGGUUGGUUCUUCUAAAUGGAAAGUGACUGUUGCGCUGGCCCCCUGUGCUGGCUAGCCAGACGGGCCUGCACAUUUCACUGAGAACCUUGUGAUGAGAGAGCUUUAGUUCCUCAAGAUGGCCCCCUGCGGUGCCUCUGAACAAGAGGGGAAAACAACGCCAACCCCCCACCCGCACCCCCUUUUAUGAUUCCAACUACUACACCGACCCCAACAACGAAAAUAGAGGAAAAUGCAAGAUUACUUCAAGAGAAGCCAGCUAGCCACCCAAUCAUACAGUACAAUAUAAGACGCGAACGAUUGCCGCUA